GUUUUGUCGCUGCUUUUAAUUGUGUCGCCCCGAAAUCGGAAAUCGCUGGCCGUACGUGAAUGCUCUUCAGUAUGAGAAAUGAAUGCAGCAGUAACGGCGCGACACACCUGGCAGACGCACGUAGAACACAUUUAGACAAAAUUGUUAAAAGCCUACUGAAAAAAAGAGUAAACAUAUUUUUGGUUGUUUUGUGCCGCUGAAAUGGAUGAAAAAUCAACAACUCCAACGCGCAUCUACCCAUCAACGCCGCUCGAGCAACCGGUGUUGCCCAACGAACAGCAACAAGCUUUACUACCACCAGCGCCACCCACCUACACGCAAGCAACAGGUGCCGCACCCACCACCACGGGGCAAAAUACAUCGCAUGUUGUUGUAAUUACGCCUGGCGCACCGUUAGUAUAUGGACCCGCGCCGGUGGAUAUACAAUGUCCCUACUGCCACAAUUAUACACGCACCCGCUUGCGCUUCAGACCCACUUCCCGUACGCAUCUAAUCGCAUUGCUACUCUGCCUCUUUCAGCUGUACUGCUUCGUGUGUUUACCCUAUUGCAUUGGCAGUUGCAUGAACACGGCACAUUAUUGUGGCAUGUGUGACCGGUACUUGGGCACUUAUGUGCGCGAAUAAUCAGGGUCUCAGAAAUGGAGACUUCAAAUAGCUCGUUAAAUUCUAAAUCAUUUUUGUACGAACAAGCUUUAGUUUUUUACCAAAACGAGAAAUCGUGAAAAUUAUACAUAUAUCUACAUAUACUUAUCCAUAGACACAUUCAUUUGUGGUAGUAUUUGCCCAAAUGCAUAGAAGCUCACAAACGUAUGUAUGUAUACGUUCAAGUGUAAAAAAAUAUUUACACCCAUUUGAACUUAGGAAUGCACGUAGACAUACCGAUUAACCAUCUUAUCUAAGUUUUUGUAAUGGAAGGAACAUAAAAAUA